CUUUACCAGUUGAACUCUAUUUUCAGUUAUAUAUAUAUGGCAAUCACCAUAUAUAUCUAAAACAGUCGGAAUAUUUUUUUCUUUUUCCCCUUCAAUUUUCAGUUAUAUUUUGGAAAAGCUUACGUACUAGCCUUCUUCUUCAAUUAAACAGGAAAUUAAUAUGGUGAUGUUGCGGACGUUGAAGCAUUUCCUUGCAUUGCUUGUUGCUACAGGUGGCUUUGCUCUUUUAGCUCAUGCCCAAAAUCAAAGAGGGUUCCUCAGCAUAGAUUGCAGCCUACCACGUAAUUCUAGUUAUUAUGAGAAGACAACAGGCUUGUUUUACAUUUCAGACGCAGGGUUCACAGACAGUGGUGAAAGUAUUUUCCUAUUACCAGAAAACAGAGGCACUUACCAACAGCAGAUGUGGUCUCUGAGAAGCUUUCCGGAAGGAAUCAGGAACUGUUACAGAAUAAAUGUUACAAGUGGGGCCAAAUAUUUGAUCAGAACGACGUUCUUGUAUGGGAAUUAUGAUGGAAAAAAUACUCUACCGAAAUUCGACGUCCAUCUUGGGUCGAACUUAUGGGAUACAGUAAGUAUAACAGACGCAUCCGAGGCUAUAGUCAUGCAGAUCAUACAUGUUCCUUCUCAGAACUACUUACAUGUUUGUCUGGUGAAAACGGAAGACUCGUCCACUCCAUUUAUUACGUCCAUAGAAUUACGGCCUUUGAAUAAUACUGCUUAUCAAACCCAAAUGGGGUCUCUGGCUUUAGUCAAUCGCUACGACACUGGCACCCCUAAAGUUGAAACCGGAUACAGGUAUCCCUUUGAUGCUUAUGAUCGCUCCUGGUCUAGCUAUAACCCCAGUAAUUGGACUAGUUUAAGUAGCUCGCUGACCAACGAUAUUAAUGUUCGAAAUUCAUACCAACCACCACCUAUCGUCAUGAGCACUGCUGCCACACGCAAAAAGAAAAGAGAUUCCUUGGACUUUUGGCUACCGAAUGGCAACUCUUCGGAAUUAUAUUACAUCUUCAUGCACUUCGCGGAACUCCAAAAGCUCAAAGACAACCAGAUUAGGGAAUUCAAUAUUUCAUAUGAUGAUGUGGAGAACUGGUCUGGACCUCAUUCUCCUCGUUACUUAUCACUAACCACUGUGUUCAGCUCUCGAGGACUGAAGGGAGGACGUCGUAUUUCAAUCUAUGCGACUCAUAACUCAACUCUUCCACCCAUCAUUAAUGCCUAUGAAGUUUAUAUGGUUAAAGAAUUCUUAACAUCAGAAGCUGACCAAAAUGAUGUUGAUGCAAUUACAACACUCAAGUCGACGUACGGAGUAAAAAGAAACUGGCAAGGAGAUCCAUGUACCCGUGAGUACUUGUGGCAAGGUGUCAGCUGUCUGUAUGACGAUUCUGAAGUCCCUAGAAUCAUAUCGCUGAACUUGUCCUCGAGUGGAUUAACCGGGGAGAUUUCUCCUUCUAUAUCGAAUCUCAAGAUGCUUCAAACUCUGGAUUUAUCGAACAAUAACCUUACAGGAUCAUUGCCAGACUUCCUUUCUCUGUUGCCAAACUUGACGGUCUUAAACUUGCAGAACAACCAUCUCAGAGGUUCAGUUCCACCGGGACUCUUAGAAAAGUGGAAGAAUAAGAUGCUCUUAUUAAGUGUGUGCGGAAAUCAAGAUGUAAAUGCACCAGUUUCUUGCCACAACAAGGAGAUGCAGAAGAAGAAUGUAGUUAUUAUUGUUGUAGUGGCAUCAGUUUUGGGAAUAAUUGUUGUCUUAUCAACCGUUACAGCAAUUUGGUGGGGCCUUAAAAGGAAAAGACAACAUCAUAUGCCAUCAACAUCCACCAUUAAAACUGAUUCACGGAAAUCAAGGGAUCUACAGCUUACAUACUCUUAUAUACUCAAAAUAACCAACAACUUUGAGAGGGUUAUUGGUAAAGGCGGAUUCGGAACAGUUUACCACGGCCACCUAGGUGACACUCAGGUGGCUGUAAAAAUGCUGUCUCCAUCAGCUGUUCGAGGACAUCGACAAUUUCAUGCUGAGGUAAAUCUUCUAAUGAGAGUGCAUCAUAGAAACUUAACAAAACUGGUUGGAUACUGCAAUGAUGGAACUAACACAGGGCUUAUCUAUGAGUACAUGGCCAAUGGAAACUUGCAAGCACAUCUUUCGGAUGACUGUCCAUAUAUCUUGAAGUGGGAAGUUAGACUUCGAAUUGCAUUGCACGCAGCACAAGGACUGGAAUAUCUUCACGAUGGCUGUAAGCCCCCUAUAGUUCACAGAGACGUGAAAUCCACAAAUAUCUUGCUAAACGAAAAUCUCCAUGCCAAGCUAUCUGAUUUUGGUCUAUCCAAAACAUUUUCAACUGAUAGUACUACUGGUUCUCAUGUUUCAACUUCAGUAGUUGCUGGAACUCCAGGGUACCUUGAUCCUGUGUACUACGUAUCAAACAGAUUAAAUGAGAAGAGUGACAUUUAUAGCUUUGGGGUUGUACUGUUGGAGAUUAUCACAGGUCGACCUGCCAUUGAUGAAUCUCACAAUCGGAAGAUACACAUUUGUGACUGGAUCACUGCCAUACUUGGAAAUGGGGACAUAAGAAGUAUUGUUGAUCCAAGGUUGCAGGGCAAUUUCGAUAUAAGCUCAGCAUGGAAGGCUGUUGAGUUAGCAAUGAACUGUGUGUCUCCUACGUCCAUCCAGAGACCAACCAUGAGUCAAGUAGUGAUUGAACUAAAGGAUUGUUUGGAUAAAGGACUGGCCUGGAACAUGGAGAGCAGAGACAAUAUUAAUUGGAAAGACUCCAUUGGAACGCGGCCUUCGGAUUCAAUCACUCAGCUGAGUCCCCCACCUAGGUAGGAAGGAUUUAGUUUUGAAAUGUAUUAAGCAAUAAGCAGACCACAUGGUAAAAUCAUCUGGGCACGAUGGUGGCAAUGUAGCAUAGUUUAAUUUUUCUCAUUGAUUGUAUUUCAAUCAUUCACAUUACGUAUGAGUUUGGAUUGAGAUAGGUUACAGUAACCGCUUUCAUUUAUUUCAAUUGAGCACCAGUCCAACUUAUAAAUACUGGAUGAACGCAGUCCACUAAUAGGUUUGUACAUAGAGAAAGCAUAUUCAGCUAGUGCUCAGGAAUUGGCCAAUGGCAAUAGCCAGAGUGGAACCUUGAUUA